CUGAAACUUAAGCCAUGGUACCUUGAUUCAGUUUGGUUCCAACCGCGAUUACGGCCAGAGAUACUUUCUCAAAAUCCGAAUGAGUGUGUGUAGAAAUAGAAAUAAAGGAAAAAUUUUGUGUGCCUUUUUUUGUGUCUCUUGCAAAGCUGACAAAUAUACGAGCCAGCUCUCCUUAGCCCGGCAAGUGCUGUUAUCUUGUUUAUUGGUCUUUUGCAUGACCCCCAUUGUAUAGUAUAUAGCCUCUUCUUUUGUCGUCUUUAUCGUUUCGUCUUCGUGGGUUUUUUAUUAUAAUUUAUUUCGUUUUGUCAUUACGGUUGGAAGGCUUGCGUGAUUAAAAUAUUCAAUUCGAUUUGAAACUGCUUUAGAAACUAAAGCAAAAAAAAAAACUAUAAUUUCAAAGUUGCAGCGAGUUUCGUUUGAAUCAGGCCUCAUUCCCUAGCCCCCACAACCCAAUCCGCUUCUUUAACAAAAUCAAACAAAAAAAAAGUUAAAAAAAACGAGAACAAAAUAACGAGAAGAUCAACUUAAGCACACUUCUUCGCUUUUGGCAUCGCGCAUUCAAGUGACCUUUUCGAAAAUAGCUCAAAGUGUUUCGGCCCCAUCACAACAUUUAACCACCACCGCCUCCGCCCGCAUUCUUGUUGCCUUCUUUCCUCAGCAUCUUUUAAUUUCGUCGUCGUCGUCGGUUGUAUAGUCUUUAUUUUUCGUCUUCAAUCUUCAUCUUUGAAUUUCAUGUUUUAUGUUUUUUUUUUUGUAUUCAAACUCAAGGUGCAUGAGUGUACCUCGGUGAUUUGUUUGAUAAGUGUUUGACGAAUUUGUGUUGUUUUUGCUCAUUGUGAAUUGACAAAAAAUUUAUUAUUCACAAUUGUUGUUUAUUUGUACAGCUUCAUGGUCAAACUGUUAGAUUUUUGAAAAAUCAUUAGAAAAUAUUUGAUAAAAAAAAGUUGAUUUUGAUAUUUAUGUUUGUGUUAGUGUGACAAUAAUUUAUUGUCCUUUUACUUUGUUAUUAUGAAGUGAUAUCAACUUUUUUUUUUUUUCUCUAUCUUUUUCUGUCAAUCUUUUUAAACUUGUUAAUACUAAAUUUUUUGGAUUAUAUAACCUAACAACAAAUAACGUUCAAUCUGGAUCAAUAUGGGAUUACCGAUGAUGAUUGUUUCGAGGAGUAUUAUACUCUGGAUGUUAUUGGGAUUUAUUAAAUGUCAAGAUCCGCAAAAUUAUUUCUUCACGCCAUCGAGCCAAGGUCAAAAUCGUUUUGUGCCAUCUUAUCAAAAUUCACGAACCCCAUCUUUCAUUGGCGGUUCGAGGAACUCCCUCACAAGUGCCGCAUCAUCAUAUCCCGAACAACUAAUAUUCCUUAAUAAUGACGAUGGACAAUCAGUGCCGCAAUCACAGCUAACGACCGGAUUUUCACCGUUUGCCCAACAUCUUCCGCUCCAACAAACGACAAGAAAUCCUGACUACUAUGAUAUAUCACCACGUCCAUUUGGUUCACCAACAGCUUCACAAGGCUUUAAUAGACCAAAAGCACUUCGUGCUACUGGUAGCUCAGGAUUCAUUCCACUAAAUGCUGGACGAACAAAUGUACCUCAUCAGCAAACGCAUUUUUUGCAACAUUUUAACGAACAACAGAAUGUCCCCAUCAGUUCUCCAGCAGCUGCCACAUCGAAUUUCCAAUCAAAUCGCAUCAACGGUGGAGGUCGUCCAUUUGGCAGCGGUGGCAGCAGCAGCAGCAACACUGGCAACAGUGGAUUCACAAGAAAUCGUCCAUUUGGCGGUACACAAUAUAAUCGUCAAAACAAACAACAAACGACAACCAACUUCGAUGAUGAAUUGGUCACUCCACCGCAACAGCAAUUACCAUUCCGAAAUACACGCACUCGAUUCCAGCCAAGUUCAGCUAAAACAUCGACAGCUACAACGACAACGUCUAGCACGACAUCGAAACCAUCACGAUAUAAUCGGUUUGGAGGUGCAAGGUCACCCUCGACGCAGUCUUCGUCGUCAGAAUUCCGUCAAACUAUUGGGUCAUCAUCAUCGUCGCCAUCAAGGGGACGACUUCCCAUCACGUCUUCAUCGGUAAAUAAAACACUCUUUCAACCAAGGCGGCCAGUAAUCAUAAGUCGUGAGAGUAACCGACCUUUUGGUGGUAUUGGCAGCACUGGUGGGCGUAUUCAAGUCAAUCACAAUGGCAGUGACAAAGGUUCACCAAACAAUACCAAUAGCCUCGAAGAAGACGAUCUCGAUGAGUCAGUGGAAGAUGAUUCUGUUCCAGAAGAGAUUCGUGAGCAAAAUCAUGUUAGUCCAGGUCCCAAGGAGGAGAUCUUUGAAAAACUAAGUCUUCACGAAGCUGGUGCAUCAUUACCACCUUCGUCAUCAUCUAACGAACACUCUUCACCCGAUGAGAAGCACCAACAUGAUCAACCAGUUAUUCUAACCUCAAAUUUCUAUCUUCCCGGAGCCGAUGAUGAAGAAGAGGGUGCAGGUGGUGAAGAAUUGGUUAGUCACAGUGGUGAAGAAGAAGUUGAGAAUAGUAAAGAAGGAUCUGCUAGCAAGGAACAUCAGAUUCAAGAUACAACACAUCAUCUUCCAGAGUAUGACUACGAGUAUGAAGAUGGCAAAGUAACCUCCACUCAAUCUGCUGAGACUGAGUUAACGGAACCAGCAACCGAAAUGGAACAAAAUACUGAAGCAAAGGAGCAGGAAGCAAAGGAAGAUCCUCCGAAGACAGAGUUGCCCACCGAGUCCGAAGCACCAGCUGUAGAAGUCACUACCAUGUCGACUCAGGAAUCUACGGCCUUCUAUGAUGAAGAAGAAUAUGAAGAUGGUUACGGAUCUGGAGUUAAUGGAUCAGGUGAAGAUGGAUCAGGAGUUGAUGGAUCUGGAGCUGAAGGACAUAUAGAAGAUGGAUCUGGAGAACAUAAACCUAAACAUAAAUCGGAACAUAAAUCGGAAGAAUACAAUGAAGAUAAUACCGAUAAACAGCCAAAUAACGGUGUCUUCGGUCGUGAAGUAGUAUCAGUUGUCACAACGAAGAGUGUGAUCAACGGUUCAACAGCUCUUCCACAGCCUGUAACUCCCAGCACAACUACAACUCGCGAAGAAGAGAUUUACACUGAAAAUAAGCUAACUCCAGCCAAAGAAAUAACUGAAGAUCUCGAAGAAAGUGAAGGUGAAGAAGCUGAAUCAGCUGAAGAACAAAAUGUCCAAAACACCACUGAAAGUUAUGUUGUUAUAGCUUCGAUUCAAACAAGUCGCAGUAUAAAUGGAGCAAGAUUUUUACCAUUCCCGGCAAUAGAACAAGAAGAAACUAAACAAACCCUAUCUGAGUUAGAAAGGAAGAUUCAUGGGAAGAAUUCACGAAAGAAGACACCAUUAUCAGCGAAUGAUAGUAACGAAACUGGUUCGAGUGGUGAAAUGGAUGAGAGUUCUUCAAGUAAUACAACAAUUUCUAGCACUUCUGAAAGUCCAGUUGCUGAAGAUAUCGAAGAAGAAGAAAAAGAAGAUAAAGAAGAAGAAAAAGUAGAAAAAGUUGUAGUUGAAACAACAACUCAAGCAACAACUUCAACAACUGCUUCAAGAUUUGUUCCGAAUAUACGGAAAUUCCAGCCAAAAGGUUCAUCAAAACCGAAGAUAAACACUGAAGAUCUACCAAUGGAUGAUUUAACUGGUCUUCUUCCACCAGGUUUUAAGCCUAGACCUUCUUUCAAGAAUAAGAAACUUAACAAACCUACUACAACAACACCAGAACCUUCAACUUCAGCUGAAGAACAUCGAAAACCUCAUAGAAAUUCAACAACAGGAAGAUCUUUCAAGAACUCACCAAAUGCAGCUCAAGAUGUUUCUUUAGCUGGUAUUCUUCCAAAAGGCUAUAGAACAAAUCAUGCCACAGUUCCACCAACAGAACCACCAACAAAGAAAAUUGAAGAUCUUUUGAGUAAAAUCAAAUUUGAAGACAGCUUGGAAACGUUAGUACCAUCUGAUUAUAAGGUCAAAGCUACCACACCUAAAGCUCCUGUUACAUUUGUUGAUGAUAUUUCCAAAUUCCUGCCACCAGGUUUUAAACUUCCAGCAACAACAACAACUAAGCCGAUAAUUAAGGUUGCUGAUGAUAUUAGUAAAUUCCUUCCACCAGGCUUUAAGCCUCCAGCAGAGGAAGAAAAGCCUGAAUUGAAGGUAGCUGUUGCUGAUGAUUUAAGCAAAUUCCUGCCACCAGGUUUUAAAUUAGAUAAGGCACCUAAACCUGAAGCUAUCGAUAUAUCGAAAUUGAUUCCGAAAGAUUUCAAGCUUCCAACUGUUAAGGAGCCUACUGUCGUGAAGAAAACCGAGUCGAUAGAUGCUUCUGAGGUAAAAGAGACCACAACUGAGAAGGCAACUACGAAAGCAAUUCCUUCGACAACAGCAGCGCCAUCUGGCGGCUUAAAGGUUGUCUUCCCGAAAGGCUUUAAUAAUAGACGUCCGGGACAUAGAAUUACAACUCCACAUGCAAAUUCUGCCGAAGGACCAGUUGGUCCAACUCAGCCAUCUAUUGUGAUCAAGAAAGGUCCUCCCAUGCGACAAACUACAGAGUUUACAGGUUGGCCAACGCCAUCUACAACUCCAAUUUCAAUUGAGAAACUUCUGGAACAAGCUCGAACAGCAACAGUCGAUAUUUCCGAAUUAUCUCCUCAAACUACGACAGAAUCAACAACUUCGACAAGUUCAACGACAACAACGACACCAGAGCCACCUAGGCCAACGAAACCGGGUCAUUGUAAGUCUGAUUGUGAUCUUGCUGGAACUAUUAAGAUCAUCGAUGGAGUUUCAUGGAAGCCAGAACUAUUGGAUCAUAAUACAGCUGAAUGGAAGAAUUUAGCUAGGGAAGUUGAAGCUCAGCUUAACGAAGUCUAUAGCAGUGCUCCACAUUUAAGUCAAUGGUAUAAAAAAGUUCGAAUUGAUAGCUUUAGUAAGGGUAGUGUUCUUGUGGAUUAUUUUGUCGAACUUGGAAACAUCACACAAGAUGUCAAUACUUUGGAAAUAAAGAAACUCUUCCAUCAGGCUUUAACACAACCACCAUUGCCAGUGGUGCCAUUACAGCCAGAAAUUGAUGAAGAUAACGAAACUGAUAGCCAAAAGGCGGCUAGCCACGAGGGUAAGGGUGAGAAACUAGUCAAAGAAACUUAUUUGAUGGGUAGGUUUGUAGUUGAUCCAUCAUCAACUGAUUUUAUUGUUAUACCAAAAUCAUUUGCACCAACUGUUGAGUUUGCAGAAGAUGAAGCUCUUAUUCCACAUUGGGCUAUUGUUUUGAUUGUCAUUGGUAUUGGUUCAUUGUGUUUUGUUGUAAUAUUUGGAGUUACGGUGUUGAUUAAUCGACAGAAGAAUUCCAAAAAGACACCAAUUCCAUUGACAGCUGAUAUGAUGAACGAUCUUAAAGUUAGCCAUAUGGGAGGAGCUGAUAAUUAUGGAGUAGAUGACUUUUAUAAUAUCGAUGACGCUUGGAAUGAUACCAAGCAGCCAAUAAAACCAAAGCGCUUCACAAAUUCAGUGCACGGCAGUAGUGCGUCAAACAUUUAUGACAGUUGGCGUUCAACUCGUCAUGGCGACUACUAUUACGACUCACACAAUUACACACCCCAUCACAAUAAGGCUGACCAAUAUCCUCCAGAUGCAUUCGCAGACGUACACCAAAUGUAUACGUACAAUAACCCUAGAUCAAGAUAUCAAAGGGAUUAUGAUCCUGAUUUCUAGUUAUUUCAAUAAAAAGAAAACCAAUUUUCUUAUUUUUUAAGAA